AUGCCCGCGGCUGUCUUCCUUCUUGGUCCCGGUUUCAUCGGCGGAGAGAUCAUAGACCUUCUCAUAUCAAACUAUAAAGUGGCAACCCUCAUCCGUCGUGAAUCAGCCGUUGUAGAUUACGCCAAUUUGGGCAUCGAAGCAGUGGUUGCGGAGCAACUUUGCUUUCCGACACAGCACACAGCCCGAGGAGACUGCAAGAGCGAUACCAUAUUUGACGAUGAGCAGCCCGAACAGAUCAAUGCCCUUCCUGAUUCUGCAUCACAUCGACUAAUUGACCUAGCCAUCAUCCGGGCAGGCCAAGAACUAGCCUCCAACGCGAAAAUGGCCAUCAUGAUUCCGCCCCUUAUCUACGGCGUGACCACUAGAGAGAACCGCCUUUCGAUCCAAUUACCGACGCUCAUUCGGUACUCUAUCAAACAUGGAUAUCCGGAGCAGAUCGGGAAAGGUCUCGCAGUCUGGAACCAGAUUCAUGUAAAAGAUCUUGCUAGGGGAUAUAUGGUUCUGCUGCAUUGGAUGGAGCGUGCGCCUGUCGCUGAGGUUGCGGAGAAUCCCUAUUUCUUUUGUGAAAACGGCCAAGAACUGUCUUGGGGCGAAUGCGCUACUGAGGUUGGCCGUAUACUGAAGGAGACGGGGCGUAUUGAUCGAUCUACGCCGAAAUCCAUACCGGAGAAACAGUGGGGCGAUUUGUUCGGGGAUUAUUCGGGGAUGAUGGUCGGUUCAAAUGCACGAAAUAGGGCUAAUCGACUUCGGAAGUUAGGGUGGGCACCCCUGGAGAAGGAGACUUUCGCAUCCUUGGCUGAAGAUGAGAUCCCAAUUAUUGCGAAGGAAACCGGGGAGCUCACAGGUUAUGCCAGCGUGGUUGCCUCGUAA